AAAGCGUAGCAGUUUAGAAGCGGAUCGAGUGCCGGAAAUCGAGCUGCGCCGGUGGAGAAAUCGCUUCCAUCUUAACGAGGGCGGUGGAAAGCGGUUACCUUUGGUCGGAAGCUUCUCCUCCUCCUCCUCCUCCUCCUUCUGGCGAUGGCAAUCUGAGAACCGUAGCUCUCUUUUUAUCGUUGGACUUGUGUGUUGGUGUCGUCGUUGGAGAAGCCCUCGCAUGGCGUCGGAGGCGUACUCACUGGUCCUCGGAUGCGGCUGGAUCCGCGCGACGCCCCGAUCCCCUCGCUUUGCUUUAUUUUUGCCUUCCCGGCCGCUCGCGGUCUCCUGCAAGAUGCGGCAGAAGCAUUUCAGUUCCCAGCAAAAGAGACAGCAAAUUAAAAGAGUCUCUAGGGAGCAGUUGGGACCAAAUAUUAAUUCCGAAUCCCACAACAAUGACAACGGCCUUUCUCAAAAAGCUAGUUCUGAUGGUUUAUCAAAUCAAGGUCAGGAAUCUGUUUUAAGCAAUGAUGCCGACUCUGAGCAUGAUAGGAAGGAUAUGGCAGAAGCAUCUGUUGAAGAGACAAAAAGUGAGAUGGAGGAUGAAAUUAUACAGGAACAUCAAAGAAUUCCUCUUGAGGACUUGAAAUCUAUGAUCAGAAAUGUUGAGAAAAAUGUUUCCUCACUUAAUCAAGCUGAAGUUGGUGCACUUCAAGAACUUGAUAAAAUUCUUUCAGACAAAGAGGCUUUGCAAGCCGAAAUAAACAUAAAAGAGAUGAAAUUGGCAGAAACAGAUGCACAGAUUAAAGUUGCUGCUCAAGAGAAGAUAAAUGUGGAACCCCUUGAAGAUCAACUCGAAAAGCUUAAGGAAAUAGCGCCUUUAGGGAAUGGUAUCAUGGAAGGAAAUCAUAGUUCUUUUAGUGGUGAAUUUCCUAUUGUUUUGGAACUUAAUGCCUUAAGAAAAGAGUAUUCAGUGGUAAAGGAUGAUAUACAGACUCUUAAGUUGAAACUUAAUGAUGUUAUUGAAACAGAGGAGCGUGUAUCACUGCUAGAGAAAGAAUGUUGUCUGUUGGAUACUUCCCUGGCAGAGUUGCAGUCCCAGUUUACAAAUGCUCUAGUUGAUGUUGAUAAACUUUCUUCUCUACCAUCCUAUUACACAGCAUUGUCAGAGAAGGUAAAAAAAUUGCUAGGAUCAGUUGAUAGCUCUAACAAAGAGGAUCAGGCUUCGUUAGAUUUUUCUGAAUUUGCUAAGCUUCAGCAGAAGGUUGAUAAGUUAGAAGCUUCAAUAAGCAAAGCAAAUAUGACAGAACUUCCAUAUGAAAAAUUUCGUCUUUAUGAGGAGAUUUUGCAGAAAAAAAUUGAAAGUUUUGAGAAGCACUUGCAAGUUUCUGAUCAAGAAAUACAUUCUCAAAUUCAACUGUUUCAAGAAUCAGUUAGAGAAUUUCAGGAUACAUUGGAUAAGCUCCAAGAGGAUAGUAAGAAAAGAUCACAAGAACAGAUUUUGGAAAAUUUACCUUGGGAGUUUUGGAGCCGUUUGCUGCUUCUAAUUGAUGGUUGGUUGCUUGAGAAGAAGAUAUCAACCAAUGAUGCCAAUUCACUGCGAGAUAUGGCAUGGAAGAAAGAUUCUCGAAUUUGUGAUGCGUAUUUGGCCUGCGAGAAUAAGGGUGAGCAUGAAAGGUUGGCUACCUUCCUGAAGUUGACAUACACGAGUACAAGGCCAGGAUUGCACAUUAUCCAUAUCGCUGCAGAAAUGGCACCAGUUGCAAAGGUUGGUGGUUUAGGGGAUGUUAUCACUGGUCUUGGUAAAGCAUUGCAGAGGAAGGGACACCUAGUGGAAAUUGUCCUUCCAAAAUAUGAUUGUAUACAGUAUGAUCUUAUUGCUGAUCUGAAGGCACUGGAUGUUGUGAUAGAGUCUUAUUUUGAUGGACAACUAUUCAGGAACAAAAUUUGGGUUGGGACUAUUGAAGGUCUGCCUGUUUAUUUUAUAGAGCCUCACCAUCCAGCCAAGUUCUUCUGGAGAGGAACAUAUUAUGGAGAGCAUGACGACUUCAAACGGUUUUCGUUUUUCAGUCGUGCUGCGCUUGAGUUGCUCUAUGAAGCUGGGAAAAGGCCUGACAUAAUCCAUUGUCAUGAUUGGCAGACAGCCUUUGUUGCACCACUUUAUUGGGACAUAUAUGCUGCAAAGGGUUUGAAUUCAGCUAGAAUUUGCUUUACCUGCCACAACUUUGAGCAUCAAGGAACAGCUCCUGCUUCAGAAUUGUCAUCAUGUGGUCUUGAUGUUCACCACAUGAACAGAUCUGAUAGGAUGCAGGAUAAUUCGGCACAUGAUAGAGUUAAUCCUGUCAAAGGUGCAAUUGUAUUCUCUAACAUUGUUACUACUGUAUCACCAACAUAUGCUCAAGAAGUUUGUACUGCAGAGGGUGGUCGUGGUCUCCAUGAAACAUUAAAAUCAUUUUCCAAGAAAUUUGUUGGAAUUCUUAAUGGUAUUGAUACCGAUGCAUGGAAUCCAUCCACAGAUAAGUACCUUAGUGCCCAAUACCAUGCUGAUGAUCUUCGGGGGAAAGCAGAGAACAAGAAUGCUAUAAGGAAGCAUCUUAAACUUUCAUGGUCAAACAGUUCUCAGCCGCUGGUUGGAUGCAUCACACGUCUCGUACCACAAAAAGGUGUGCAUCUUAUCAGACAUGCAAUUUAUCGUACAUUGGAGUUGGGAGGACAGUUUGUGCUUCUUGGCUCAAGUCCAGUACUACAUAUUCAACGGGAGUUUGAGGAUAUUGCGAUGCAUUUCAACAGCCACCCAGAUGUUCGGUUGCUCUUGAAAUAUGAUGAUGCCCUUUCACAUUUGAUUUAUGCGGCUUCUGACAUGUUUAUUAUUCCCUCCUUGUUUGAGCCUUGUGGUCUUACCCAGAUGAUUGCUAUGCGAUAUGGUUCUGUGCCAAUAGCAAGAAAAACUGGAGGACUGAAUGAUAGUGUUUUUGACGUAAAUGAUAAUACGGUACCUGAACAAUACCGUAAUGGAUUCACAUUUUUGCCACCUAAUGAACAGGGUCUAAGCAGUGUCAUGGGCCGUGCAUUUCGAUACUACUCUACAAACCCUGAAGGCUGGCAGCAGCUCAUUCAGAAGGACAUGACCUUGGACUUCAGUUGGGAUUCAUCAGCGUCACAGUACGAAGAGCUAUACGAAAGAUCCGUGAUCAGAGCUCGGACAGCAGCAGCACGAGUGUAAAUUCUCUCUCCAUCUUUCCACGCCAACUUGCCUGACGGGUUCCCGGCUGAAAUAAAUUUCAGGCUGCAAUUCAGCAUUCUGUUUUUUUUUACUCUCGCCGUCAUGUCUCGUAUGGUCUGCUAAGUCUAAUCUUUGUAGAAUUAGGUCAUCCCCUACCCGAAAUUGAUCAACUGGAAUGUGAGAGCGAUCAUCAUGUGGUCGUCGCAAUGCUGCUUACUCGAAAAGCAAUAUAGAUGUCUUCAGUGUUGAACCACAUUGAGUAAGUUUGUUUAGUCAUAUCUGUUUGUUGUAUAGUUAGCAAAGCUUUCAGUGUCACAAAACGUUUUUGUAUUUUAUUCAUUUCGAUCAGGAACCACAGAGCAAUACGAAUACCUUUCAUUUUAUUAUAAAAUUUAACAUCUUUUAACAUCA